GAUAAGUGGCAUUUCGGAAGUAAUGUUACUCCGUACGGAGUGCGGAGCAGGGCUUUCAAGUGAGAUUCGGAAGCCGCCGAAAACCCCAUUCUCCAGGCUCCAAUGCCGUAGUGCUCUGCAAUAUCUACAACUUUGCUCUUAUCAAUCCUUCAACUCUCAAUUACUGACAGCUUUUGACUUCCUCAUUCAACAAAACAAUCAUCAUCAUGGGUUCGUGGUCCGAACCAAACAUUCAGAAUGCUCUCCCUCAAUACAUUGACACAAUUGAACAGGUCCGCACCGGAAAGGCAAGACCCUUCCACGGCCUCUCUACCAUGUCCGGAAUCUUCAAAACUCCUCACUCACAGCCAGUAAAAGUCAACACCAUCGGACUGCAGGGAGAUGAGCGAGUCCACCCCCCGCAUCAGAGUCCAGAGAAAGCCGUCAUGCAAUACGCCUCGCAGCAUUACCCUUUCUGGCAAAAGGAGCUGCCUCAAAGUGCUCCGCUCUUCAAGAAAGGGGGUUUUGGCGAGAACAUCGUCACGCAACACGAAUAUAUGAGUGAGGAGAACGUUUGCGUUGGGGAUAUUUACCGUUUUGGUGAAGAGGUUGUGAUCCAAGUCAGCGAACCGAGAGCGCCGUGCUUCAAAUUGAAUCACCGGUUCCAGGUUAAGGACAUGAGUAAGCGAAGUCAGGAUGCCAAUAAGACUGGAUGGUACUAUCGCGUUCUCAAGGAGGGCUAUAUCAAGGCUGGAGAUGAGAUUGUCUUGUUAGAAAGACCACAUCCGCAAUGGACAAUGAUUCAAGUGCAGUGGUAUCUGUACAGGGAAAGAAAGAACGCGGAAGUGAUGAAGGAGCUUGCUUAUAUGAAAGAGCUGGGAGAGGAAACGAGAGACGUCUUCCUGGGCCGGUUACAGAAAGGAGUCUUCCGAGAAGAUAACGACAGGUUGAUCGGUGGAGAAGAGAACGUUCUGAAGUGGAACCCGUACCGAGUCAUCAGUAAAAGAAGAGAGACGCCAAGGAUAUACUCAUUUACUUUUGAAGCUGUCACUCCACACGAGCCAAGUACAAAAGUCCAACCUGGAUCUCACGUCCGUGUGAAAUUGGGAGAAGGCAGCAAGCUUGUGCGAGCAUACUCGGUAGUGGGAGGUGACAGCAACCGCUUUGAGCUGGGAAUCUCAUUGGAGGAGGGAUCUCGUGGAGGUUCAAAGUAUCUUCACGAAAAAGUCAAAGUUGGAGAUAUUCUUCCAUUCAGUGAGAUGAAAUCGGACUUUCCACUAGAGGAAGAUGCAGACAACCACAUUCUGAUAGCUGGCGGUAUUGGGAUCACGGCAUUUAUUACCAGUGCCCAAGCGAUGAAGACCCGUCAGCUAAAGUACAAGUUAUACUACGCUGUCCGCUCUUCCGAAGACGUUGCUUUCUCAAGUCUCCUCGCAGACCUUGGAGACAAUGUUCACAUCAUGGACAAAUCCAAAGGUCAACGAUUGAACGUCUCUGAGAUUCUGGGUAAAGGAGAUUUCCGCACGCAUGUAUACGUUUGUGGACCUGAGAGAUUGCUAGAUGCUGUGAAAGCAGCAGCUACUACUCUCGGAUUUCCGCAGUCGAACAUUCAUUCGGAAGCGUUUACGGCGUCGACAUCUGGAGAUCCAUUUACGGUCGAUUUGGCUAAGUCCGAGAAGACUUUGGAUAUCAAGCAGGAAGAGACACUGUUGGAUGUUUUGAGAGAUGCUGGAUUCGAUGUGGGAAGUUCUUGUGAGGUUGGUAAUUGUGGGACGUGUAGAGUUGGAGUGAAAAGUGGAAGGGUGGAGCAUAGAGGGACUGGACUGCUGGAUGACGAGAAAGAAGGUUCAAUGCUGAGUUGUGUUUCGAGGGGUAUUGGUAGGAUAGUCUUGGAUCUCUGAGAAAAUGAUA